UUGUAGCUCUGGAACAGAUGUGUGUAUAGAGGUCAGGGAUUUGGAUUAUCUCAAUCUUUUUUGAUUUCCUCUGUCUUUCUUUUAGGAAACACGAUCAUGGCUUUCUCCACCCAUAGUCAAAAGAACAGAGUUGGUGGACAAGCUCCCCACCUCUCCUUGAAUCAGCAAGACUCAUCUUCCAGUCCAGUUCGUGCCAAAGUCCUUUUGGGAGCAAAACUGCAAGGAAACACCUGGAUCUCCUGCAUCCUUGACCUGCUGCAUGUUGGUCCAACAUCUGAUCCUCUCUAUAAAAGAGUGAUUCCCUUGGAGAUCUGCAUGCCUAGUGUGCCAGGAUUAGGGCCUUCUCCACCAGUGCUAAAAGGACCAGAGCUAGUGGACAUGCUCACCCACUCUCCUCGAAUCAUCAAGACUCAUCUUCCAGUCCAGUUUGUGCCUAAGUCCUUUUGGGAGCAAAACUGCAAGAUCGUCUACCUGGCCCGCAAUGCACAGGACAGUGUGGUGUCUUAUUUCCAUUUUGAACGCAUGACUAUGAUUCACCCAGAGCCUGAAGACUGGAGCAGCUACCUCCAGAGAUUCAUGGAGGGAAAGAUGGUCUUUGGAUCCUGGUACGACCAUGUGAGCAGCUUUUGGGAGAAGAAACAGAGUUAUCCAAAUCUCCACUACAUGUUCUACGAAGAUCUGAACAAGGAUACUGGACGAGAACUAGACAGACUCUGCUGCUUUCUUGGUCUGUCUCCUUCAGCUGAGGAGAAGGAAGCGUUUCUCAGAAGAGUGCAGUUUGAUGAAAUGAAAAAGAACGACAAGGUUAAUCUUUCAACGUUUAGAGUGAUGGAUUUCACAAAAUCUUCCUUCAUGAGGAAAGGUAAAGUUGGUGACUGGAAGAACCAUUUCACUGUGGCCCAGAGUGAAGAGUUUGAUGAAGACUACAAGAAAAAGAUGAAGAAUCCUACCCUGCAGUUUUGUACUGAAGCUUAGAGGUUGUGAAGUGUCCUGAACUGAUAUGUGAUCAAAUAGAUAAUCACGCUGAUGUUACUGAGUCUGAUGUUUAGUUUUCUUGAUAAGAACAAUGUCUGUUCUGUGGAGGACAUUUGUUCUUAUAAUGAUAACACAUGAUGUU